AUGGAUAGGCACCUCGUCGUUCUGCUAACUGUCACCAUCAUCUGCGCGGUACUUGCGCAGGAAGCCACUGCAGAGCGUCGCCAAGUCUUUAUAGCAGCAGACAAGGUCUGGUGGAGCUACGUGCCGUCUGGUGCAAAUUUGUGCAGUGAUGCACCUCCAAACAAGACUGAUCAUAGUCCAUUGUACACCACCGAGGGAAUCGGUCCCUCAUACUUGAAGGCCCAGUACACCGAGUACACGGACGCAACUUUCGCGGUGAAGAAACAAAGAAGUGACGAGGAGGCACACCUCGGACUUCUGGGGCCCAGAUUAUUCGCAGUGCCUGGGGAUGUGCUGGAAAUAGUAUUUAGAAACAACCUGAACACCUCCACAAACAUUGUGCCCUCUGGAGUAAUCACAAAUACAACUGCGGCUGCAGAGCCUGGACAGACAGCCUUCUACGAAUGGAAAAUCGGGCAGGAGGCGGCGCCAGGCGGGCAGGAGGUGACGUCAUCGAAGCUCUGGCUGUACCGCAGCACAGUGGAUAUGGUGGGGGACGCAAAUUCUGGCCUUUUGGGCCCGAUCAUUGUGACGCGGGCAGACGCCGCCCUGCCCAAUGGGCAGCCCCGGGAUGUCGCCCAGACCUUCAUCGCCAUCUUCCAGGUGCUGAAUGAGAAUGACAGCCCCUUGUUGAACGAGACGCUAACAGCGCUAACGCUGGAUGAGACGGUUGGCAUGAGCACGGACGACUUUGAGGAGUCCAACAAGAAGCACUCCAUCAAUGGGCUGCUCUUUUGCAACACGCGCGGCUUCAACAUCACCCUGGGCUCCAAGGUGAGGUGGCACGUGGCGGCAGUGGGCAACGAGGUGGACCUGCACAACACCCACUGGCACGGGAACACACUCCUAUGGGAAAAUCACAAUGCAGACCAGCUGAGUCUGCUGUCUGGGAGUGUGAGGACGGGAGACAUGGUGGCUGACAACCCCGGCCAGUGGUUUCUGCACUGCCACGUGAACGAUCACAUCACCGCGGGCAUGAAGACCGUCUACGAAGUGACCGAGGGCCCCGGCAGUGCGGCCGCGCUGGCUAGGAUCAACAGCUCGCCGCUGAAGGGCGUCACGCGUGACUACUACGUAGCUGCCGAGAAGGUGCUGUGGGACUACGCGCCGCUGGGAGGAGACGCAUGCAGCGGCAGCCUGCAGCCGUUUACGGAGGCCGGCGCAAUACGGGCCGAGAACAACAUUACGGCGGGGCAGGCCGGCAGCCGGCGCUACCGGGCGAUGUAUGUGGAAUACACCGACGCCAGUUUCACUGUGAAGAAGAACCGCACGGCGGAUGAGGCGUACCUGGGCAAUCUGGGCCCGGUGCUGCGCGCGUCGGUGGGGGACACGAUGCUGGUGCACUUUCUCAACCGGCUGCCGGGUCCAGUCAGCGUGCACCCGCACGGCGUCUUCUACAACAAGAGCUCCGAAGGCGCCCUCUACAGUGACGGGACCACCGGUGCCGACAAGGCGGAUGACUCAGUGGAGCCCAACGGCACACACCUGUACACGUGGGAGGUGCGCGAGCGCUCGGGCCCCGGCCCGGCCGACCCCAGUAGCGUCGUCUGGAUGUACCACAGCCACCACUGGGAAGUCGCCGACACCGUAAGCGGCCUCUACGGCGCCAUGAUCAUAUCCCGCAAGGAACUGGCGCGGCCGGACGGCUCGCCAAGGGACGUGGACCGAGAAUUUGCGCUUAUGUUUGCAGUCGCACACGAGCGGAAGACUUUCUUCUCAGCCGAGAACGUUGCAAAGUUCCUGCCCGGGACAACGCUGGCCAACUCGACAGACCAAGACGACCUCGAGACCAUGCUGAUGGACUCGGAUGACUCAGAGAAUGAGUCAGACCUUUUCUAUGCCAUAAACGGCAUGAUGUUCUGCAACCUGCCCAAGAUGAUGGCCAAACAGGGGGAGCGAGUGCGUUUCCACAUAUUCACCCUUGGCACCGAAGACGACCUGCACUCGCCCUCUCUGCUUGCAUCCAGCUUCCUGGCAGACGGGGAGAGGAAGGAGUCGCUGCAGCUGAUUCCUGGGGCCAUGCACAGCCAGGACGUGAUUCUGGACAGCGCAGGAGACUACCUGAUGCAGUGCCGUACCACCAACCACUUUGACAAGGGCAUGUCCGCCCUCCUGGCAGUCGCACCCUCAGGUGCACGCCACUGCUCUGCAUCAUCGCUUCUUGGCGCCAACCACAUGCACUUCAUCCGCGCAGAGCCGGUGGCCUGGGACUUUGCACCCGGCGGCCUCGUGGACCAGUGCACAGGGGAGCCGCUCGAUGCAGACACCUCUAUCUACGCGGAUCCGGCCGGCCCGGGCCUGGCUGGCAACAUCACAAAGGCGCUGUACCGCUCGUACAGGGACGCCAGCUUUGCUCAGGCGCUGCCGCAGCCGGCGCAGCACGGCAUCCUGGGGCCAAUCCUGCACGCGCACGUCGGCGACAACAUUACCAUCGUCUUCCAGAACGCGCUGCCGUUCGCGGUCAAUUUGCAGCCGGGUGGCGGCCUGCUGCAGCUGCUGCCGGCGGGGGGCGCCGUCGGUGCGGCGGGGGGUCCGGUGCCCCCCGGCGCCACCGUGACCUACGUAUGGGGAGUCCCCUCCGCCGCUGGCCCCGGCCCAGCCGACUUCUCCACCGUCGCCUACACGUACCACAGCGGCGUCGAUCCGACCGCGCACGAAAACGCGGGGCUGCUCGGCGCUGUGGUCAUUGCGAGAAGGGGUGAGUAUGUGGAGUUCCCUCUGCUGUUUAACAUCCAGAACGAGGGCCUGAGCGCGAUGCUGCAGGUCAACCUAGACGCUGCCGCCGCCGCCGGUCGCAGCCUCAACACCUCCGACCCCGACUUUGAGGAGGCGAACAAGAAGCACUCGGUGAACGGGUUCCUCUUCUGCAACAUGCCGGACAUCAUCGUGCCCGAAGGCGCCAAGCUGCGCUUGAUCCUGAUCGGCGCUGGCGACGACACCGACAUGCACACCCCCGGAUUCACCAACCUCAUUCAGAACACACCCUCCGGCGCCAGCUAUGUGGUGGAACUCUACCCUGGGCAAGCCCGCGUGGUGGGCAUGUACGCCGAUGUGCCAGGCCGGUGGGAGUUCCGCUGCAACGUUCAGGACCACUUCAGUGCCGGCAUGAAGGGGGCUCUCACCAUCACAUCAACCCUCGGUGACACAAGCACAGGGGGGUUCCCUUCCUAUCGUCGCCAUCUCCUGUGA